AUGGUCCUAGCCCAUUCACCCCCGCGUAAGGCGGCCAACACUCGCCCCCCAGACAGGAACCUCCCCCGCAUCCCCGAAACUCCUGCGGACAUUAUCACGCAGCAAAGCCCCUCACCGCAACCCUCUACCUCCAGAGCGGGACGUUCGCAUUCUCUUUCCCCGCGCGCCUCCUCUAGGCUGGCUUCAAUCCGGGAAUCAUCCCCUAGCCAGGAUCUGCGCACGCCUCCCCCAUCUCCAUCUAGGGGGAGAAUUUCGCUUUCACCCCCUCCCAGCAGCCAAGCGUCACCCAGGUCGAUUGACCAUGACGUGACUGUAAUGGCCGUCCCGGACCACUGGGAAUCGCUUUCGCCCCCAGUCACACCUACUCCACCUUUAUUGUAUUCACCCCCCACCCAAGUUCCAUCCACUGCGACACCCGUCACACUCGUCGCACCCGCACCCGUCGCACCCGUCGCACCCGCCGCACCCGCCGCACCCGCCGCACCCGCCGCACCCACCGCACCCACCUCAACCCCGGAUACUCACCUCCAAGCCGCUCUAUCCAACAUCAUAGAAGCGGCCAAAGAAAUUAUCACCAAAAUAAGUGAAGGCAAGAGCGUCACCAGCGCAAACAAAAAACGCAUCCAAGAGCUCGCGAGGGGCAUCAUGGGCUCGGUGGAGAUGGCGCAGCAGACGGAACUCCCCAAGCCCGUCUCGGAUACUAUCCUUCUGGCAAUCAGGGAGAGUAUCCGGGACGAGUUCAAGGCCCAAGCGCCCGCCCUCGCGCCACCUCCGGCUCCAGCCCUGAGGUCCUUCGCGGCUGUUGCUUCAACACCCCCGCCACCCAAACGCACCCCCCCGCCGCCACCUCCCCCACCACCUAAGCGCACCCUCCCUUCGCUAGUCAUCAAGGCCAAAGAGACCGGGGCCCGGCGGCCUGACGUCCUCGACGAGUGGCGUAAGAAUGUCAGGUUUAGGGACACCACUUUCGCCCCUACCAACGUGCGCCCUCUGCGCAAUAACAUGGUGAAGGUUGACUUCGAAACCGUGGCGCAGCGGGAUGACGUCAUGGCGAAAGUAAACAAGCUCCCCGGGGUGGUUGCCGAGGAAAGUAAACUUCGGAAACCCCUCAUCAUUUUGAAGGGCAUUAACACCCAACUACGAAAAGAAGAGCUGGUGGAGGUGGUGAGCGGACAGAACCAAGUGAGCGCCGCAGACAUUCGCUUCUGCUUCGCACUGAAGAAUCGGAAUGAGAGGCUCUACAAUGCUGUUUUGGAAGUUGCGCCAGCUGUCCGUCGAAUGCUAGUCGAGGCGGGCCGGGCCAAUGUGGAGCACCAGCGCGUGCACGUCGAGGACUUCAGCCGAUUCGUGCAGUGCCGCAAAUGCCUCCAAUUCGGCCACACCGGCAAUAAGUGCUCGGCGGAAUUCUAUCCGUGCGCUCACUGUGGCUCCUCGGCCCACCACAUCUCAAACUGCGCUCACAAAUCAGAUGCAUCACAACUAAACUGCUUUAAUUGCAAACGGUCAAACGACAAAUCCACCGGUCACUCUGCCCUUGACUCCAAAAAGUGCCCUAAAAUCAUCAAAGCCAUGACAGCCCUUAGCGAUUCCACCGACUAUGGUUAUUAA